CAAUACACCAACCAUGGAGGAUGCAGGGAAACCACCGUCGUUCUUCAAGUUUUUCUUGGCCGAGCACAGUUCCGAACGAAUGAAAAUCCCACCAGCCGUUGUAGAUUACAUCAAAGACCAGAGGCCUCGAGCGAUUUCGCUAACCGGCCCGGGCGGCGAUUCCUGGAUGGUCGACCUGAUCAAAGAAGAGGGCACGCUUUAUUUCGGUGGAGGGUGGCCCAAGUUCGUGAAAGAUCAUUCCGUACAAACUGGGGACUUCCUGAUCUUCCAGUACGACGGAGAAGCCGGUUUCAAGGUGCAAGUGUUUGACCCGACUAUGAGCCCGAGGGAAGCUUCUUUUCAUGCUCAGAAUUCUCAUCGAGUCAGUAGCAAGGCAAUUAGAUCUAAUGGGGCCAGUCUGAUCAAACCUGGUAAAAAAAAGCCCGCAGCUUAUAUUAGCGAAUGUUAUAAGAGAGACAUAGAUGGAGCAUGUGGAUCUUCUGGUACAGAUCGCGUUUCUUUUCAGAUAACUUUAAAAGCACACCACAUUAAGCAAGCCCUCUUCCCUAUUCCUAAAUGGUUUUGCAACCACCAUAUUGGGGAGCGGGAAGAUCGUGUGAACAUCAUGCUGUGCGAUGGAGGAGGGAAGAAGUGGCCGGUGUCGAUGAUCCGUAGGAAGGACAUAAUCAACCGCGGCUACUGGUGUUUGAGCAAAGGCUUGCGCACUUUUGUCCGCGACAAUCGGGUCGAGGAAGGCGACACUUGCACUUUCGAGCUCAUUGAGUCGUUCUUGUUCUGUAACAAGUUUCUUGAUUUCCAGGUCAGAAAUGGAGGGGACAUGCAAGGAAUGCAGAAGCUGGGAAGAGGAGAUCUACUGGACCCAUUUCCAUUCCAUCCAUUUCUGCCAGCCAUACCCAAAAAAUUUGCUGAGAAUCUGAGAAGCAAGUUACCUGAGAAUGUGGUCUUAAAGGGUCCUAGUGGCGCGACAUGGACAGUUGGCACCGUGGCUGAUGAUGAAAAUUUGCUUUUCAAACAUGGUUGGCAAGAUUUCGUGAAAGAUCAUGCUCUGGAGAAGAAUGAUAUUUUAGUAUUCAGGUACAAUGGAGAGUCCUCUUUCAAUGUCUUAGUGUUCAACCAGCAUAGUUUGUGCGAGAAGGAGGCUGCGUAUUUCCAUAAAAGAUGCAGCCACAAACCGAUGGACAAAGAAUGCGGUACAAAGCGAAAACUCGGGGAUUCUGCAGUGGAGGCUGUGCAUACCCCUGCGUCUUAUGAUGUCAAACGAACUCUUACUGAGGAUCCUUGGAAGGAUGGGACUGUGACAGUAGCUGAUUGCAAUAUCUUAUCUCAAGCUAAAGCUUCUGAAAACUUGGUCGAGGUGGGUGCUUCGGGGAAGCCACAUAAUAAGAAGAAGGCUACUCCAAAAAAGAAAGUGUCUGUCGCUUUUGAUUGUCUGGAGGAAAAACCGGAUUCUACACCAAAGGCCCUGUUUAUCGGUUCACGGGGCUCUCCAGUUUACACAUCCAACAGAAGACCUGUCACAGAAGAGGAGGAAUCCUCCGCUUUCAAGCUUGCGCGGGCUGCAGCAUCAAGCGAUAGCUUCCUGGUAGUUAUGCGACCCACGCACGUCUAUAAGAGAUUUUAUUUGUCAAUUCCUACUGAUUGGGCAACAACGCAUAUGGAUCGCCGCAACCAGGAUUUGAUUCUUCGUGUUGGCGAGGGCACAUGGCGUGCCCGGUACAGGCUCACGGGGCGUGGGAGUGGGGGUCUGUCUUCUGGAUGGAAGAACUUUGCUUUGGAGAACAACUUGGAGCAAUCUGAUGUGUGCCUGUUCGAGCUCGCAAACAGCAUCGCUAAGAACAUCGUCCUGGAUGUCACCAUCUUCCGCGUGGUCGAGGACGUGGUCCCUCUGACCCUGGUGACUUCUUUCCCUGUCUAG